AUGUCGGAAUUCAAUGGACGUGGUAGAGGUGGCAGCGGCAGGGGUGGUUCCAGUGAUAGAGGUGGUUCUAGGGGUGGUUCUAGAGGUGGUUCUAGAGGCGGCUCCAGAGGAGGCUUCAGAGGCAGUUCCAGAGGAGGCUCAAGAGGUGACUUCAGAGGCAGUUCCAGGGGCAGUUCCAGGGGCAGAGGUGCUUCCCGUGGCACUGUAAACCCAUACAAAGACCGCAGAGAAUCCAAGAACGAGGACAUCAAGAAGGCUUUAACCCACAAGUCCAACUUAAAAAAGAGCUACUUCAAGUUAUUGGAGAAAGAAGGGCUAGCCAUUCCAGAGAGAGAACCCCUGGUCAAGGGCCGCAGAGACCAGGACGAGGAAAAGCCAGCGAAAAAACAAUUAUCCUUCCAGGAAAAGGUCAAGAUCGCUAAGGAGCGCAAGGAACUGCAGAGAGAACAGAAGCAAAAAGACUUUGAAAAAAUGCAGAAGGUUGCCGAGACCAAGAGACGUGAGAGAGAGAGAAAGAACGAGCGUUUGGCCGUCAAGACCCGUUCCGGCCAACCAUUGAUGGGACCUAGAAUCAACGUUUUGUUGGAAAAGAUCAAGCAAGAUAUGGAAUAG